CAACGGCGGCAAGAGGGCUACCGACUCAGUCUCUGCCAUACACCGUGACAGUUCGCCCGUUGCUUGAGCAGCUUCUAUAACCAUGGCCCGAAGUGGAACCACCGCGCUAAGCCUGGCCGUCCUACUGGCUCUGUUAGAAAUAGGAUCCUGCAUGAGAUGCUACCAGUGCAACUCGCAGUCGGAUCCAAAAUGCAAGGACCCCUUCACUCCUACCGAUAGCCUUUUAGUUGACUGCAACAGUCAGGACUCCGUGAAUUUCAACCGCGGCUUUUUGAGCCAGAUCCUCCCUGGUGAGCUCCUCCACUCCGUGCCUGGAGCCCCGAGACACUGUCACAAAAUCAUUAUGCAAUCGGGAACAACAAUCCGAACUUGCUUGGACGUGAACCCAACAAGCCAAACCACUUGUGAAACGCUGAAAAAGGCGCAAGACAUCAACAAGCAAAGCAAAUAUUGCAACGUGUGUGACAAGGACCGCUGCAACGGCGCUGGAUCUAUUGCGAUCUCGCUCCCACUGGCUUUCGCGGUCGCCAUUGCUUCAUUCCUGUACAACAAGCAAUAAUAAAAUUAGUUUAAGAAUUAUUUAUAAGUAAAAUAUUAAGAUUAAUAUAUAUAAAUUGGUUACUAAUAGGGAUGAUGACAGUUUUUUAAAUUGUAUAUAAAUUAAGAGUAUACUAAUAGCAAAGCAAUUUUGUAAAAGGAACAGGGUAUCUGCGAUCAUUACUUUCGGAACUACAGGGAUUUAAAGAGUCAGAUUUCCGGCGUUGCCGCGGAUCCCUGAAAAACGCCCCAUACAAAAUGGCUCGAAAUAAUGACGUCAUAGGCAAUGUAAUGAUCGUUAGAUUUGUAUGCGCGUUCAAACAAAAUUACUAAUAUCUUUGUUAUUUGUGCGUUUAUGCUUAUAGUUCAUAUAUUAAAAAAUGUCACAUUUAAUGUAAGGAAGCUAAAACUGUAUAAAUUUUCAUCUAAUUACGAUAAAAUAUUUUUAAUAGUUUUUGAAAUUUUAUAAUCUCAUUUAUUUUGCAAAUAUCCAGACAAUCUUUGCUUUUUAUGUAGAAAUUAGUUAACAUUUACCCUAUUUACCCGAAUGUAUCACAAAAAUCAAUAUAUUCAAACCUAGUCAUCAUCCCCAUUGUCUACGGUUAGCUUAACACCGCCGUCUUUUACGGUCAAAGAUAUUUAUGAUUAUGACAAGAUACGUCGCAAAUCAUUAACCCAUGAGCCUCCAAUAGCCAUCAUAGACAUCGUUAAAUCUGCAUCCAUACGUAGUUGAUGUACCUUGGACUUGUACGAAGCGAUUUGGCACUUCGUUCCUGGUUAGAUAUAUGAGCUAUAAACAAACAAACACUCAUAAAAUGAUGUAAGUCUAGCUACUGAAGAAUCUUGUUCCAAUACGGAUAAAUUACUUUAUAACACAUUUGCUCGUAAAGUAUCGCUUAUUUCACCAAUUCCAUUAUCGAAAUGUAUCACAUUACGCACAUGUGCCGUAAAGAAAAACCCAUAUGUGCCGUAAUGUAAUAUAAAACCUUUAUCAUCCGUCUAAAAACGGACGGUACUUUUUUACAUCUUAGCAAAGAGUUUUUAUGUAAGAAAAAGUGCUCAACAUUUUAUGAGCUUUGUGAGAUAAAAUAUAAUAAAUAAACAUUAAAUUAUUUAAUUUUAAUAAUUUUGACAAUAAAUGACAACAAUUAAUCUGUAAAAGAAACAAACACAUAUUAAUUUUCUUUAUUAGUAAUACUGGCUGUUUUUGUUGCAUUUGCCAAAAAAAACGCACGCACUUUGCUAUCUGUGCAAAAAUUACAAAGGUAAGCUUUCCGUUGACAUCAAAAUGUCAUUAUAAUAUGGAAUACCUACAGUCAAAGAUGCAAAUUUAUUUUCAGAAAUUGUGUUCAUAAAGUGUAUUUCCUCGCAAAUGUGUUAUAAUAAAACGUCGUAUGACAUACGUGUGAUUUGAUAAUUACAGCCUCUGCUUCCUUACUAUAGCUCUCGCCUUUGGCUCGAGCUGCAAUAUCGCCUCGACUGUAAUUUCAACUUACCGCACUUAUUGGAUAGAAGCAGGCGUUACUUUGCGGAAGUUCAUCAUGAUUAUAUAAUGAUUUAUUUAUUUUGCUAUCAUCCGCGAAAAUUCGGCGAACCCAUGCGACAACGUCACCCAGGUCCGACAAAAUACUCUCUACGUACGUUUCACCCCGAAACCGGAGCAUCAUUGCACGUUGAGGUUGAGGUGCAUUGCACGUUGUAGAGUCAACAUCUCCUGAGGAUGCUCCGGUUUCGGGGUGAAACGUACGUAGAGAGUAUUUUGUCGGACCUGGGUGACGUUGUCGCAUGGGUUCGCCGAAUUUUCGCGGAUGAUAGCAAAAUAAAUAAAUCAUUAUAUUACCGCACUUAUAACAUAAUGUACUAUUAUUAAAUAAAAUAAAAUUACUCUCUUAUCUACUAGUAUGUAACUAACAUACGAGUGAAUAACAAAAAUUCCCGUUAAUUAGCUAAGUAGUGUACGUCAAUUUCAUUAUUAUAAUUGAUUAAAUAAUUAAUUCGAGUUUUACCCAGAUUAAUUAAAUGACUAAAUGGAAAUUUCGUCUCUAUAUUGAGAAAUAUAUUAAUUAUAAAACACGGCUAAAACUCACGUGAUCCAAACUGUCAAAUCAGAUUGAAUCGUGCCGCGAAGCAAGAACCAGCUCAUGACUAAGGGCCAUGGGUUAGAAACUAGUCGGGCAUACUACGACGUUGUAUUAGCCGUGUUUUAUAACAAAUUAAUAUGAAUACCACUCACGAUAGUUUAAAUUCUAAAAAAUUAUAUUUAUCAUCAAAAGUUUAUAGUAAUUAUGAAUUAUCUCAAUACACGAGUGUUAUCGAUUGUUACACAUGUAUAAAUUCGGAUAAAACAGAAAAAAACAUGGCCUUCAAUAUAUAACCCGUCCAAUUGUUAUUGUUACUUUGGCUUAUUGUAAUAAUAAUCAAAAUAUUUUACUAUAUAAGAUAACUUAUGUGUAUAAAUCGUUUAUGACGUGUUGAUGUUAUAUAAUAAAUUACAUUAUUAAAUAAGAUGUUAUAUUUAAAUUCCUAAGGCGGUUACAUCGCUGCAUAAUGUACAGGAUGGACACAGGAUGUCUAUUUGUCUAGCUCAUAUUUCAUUGACUAAAGGCGGAUUUAUAUUUAUCUGACGUGUCGUGUCGUGACUCGUGACGCAUCAGAACAUAAUCGGUGUCAUACAUUUUGUAUGGUAACGUUUACACUUAUGUGUAGUGACAUGUCGUGAUGGAUUCUGAUGCAUACAAAAUGUAUGAAACCGAUUCUGUUGCGUCAGAACACGACACGUCAGACAAAUAUAAAGAUUUCUAAUGAACUUUGUAUUUAUUAUUAAACUAGUUGGUAGGAGUGGGUGGCGGCUCUCUCAAAAUAAGUUUUCGAGAGCUGUUUCAUAUAUUGGGCUAUUGUAGAUAGAUCUAGGUCUCUAUGUAAGUUGUUAUUGUGCACAAACCACGGUGCGCCCGUGGCCUGACGCAUGAAUCGGUUCUGAAGGACCUGAAGGGGUUUUAGAGUCGAGUUUGGGCGAUGGGCUGAAAAUUUAUUGUAAGAACAUAACUCAAUAUUACAUAGCCUGGCCCGGGACUCGAACACAAGACUUGGUAAUCCACUGGAACAACGAGGCAGUUAACAUCAUUAGCAACCCAUAUUCGGCUCACUGUUGACAUGAGUCUCCUCUCAGAAUGCAUGCAGAUUGCAAUGACUUCACACACACAAAGAAUUAAGAAAAUUCUCAGGUAUGCAGAUUUCCUCACGAUGUUUUUCCUUCAUCGUUUGAGACACGUGAUAUUUACCUAAUUACUUAAAAGUUAUAGGUAAUUAGCUGACGCCGCGCGGUUUCACCUGCGUGGUUCCCGAUCCCGUAGGGAUACGGGGAUAAAAUUAUAUAGCUUAUAGCCAGCCUCGAUAAAUGUUAUAUAUUGUGUAUUUUUAAAAGUUAAAUACAUUUUGUGUACUAAUAGCAGACAGGGCGAAUUAACCGUCCGUUUAAUGUUUAUAGUAAAAUAAAAAUUAAUUUAAUUUUA